AUGGACUCCAUUGAAAAUGGAGACGGGAGAUUCUUCUUUCUUAAUGGACCAUGGGGAACUGGGAAAACAUACUUAUACAGAACAUUAAUAACAAAGUUAAGAGCAAUGAAAAAGAUUGUAUUGCCGGUUGCAUCUUCAGGCAUUGCAGCUUUGCUUCUCCCAGAAGACCGCACAGCCCACUCAAGAUUCAAAAUACCAAUAACCCUACAUGAGCAUUCUAUGUGUGAAAUCAAAAAAGGAUCAAUGCUUGCUGAGCUGAUAAGAAAAACAGAUUUGAUCAUUUGGGAUGAGGCACCAAUGACUCAUCGUUUUGCAUUUGAGGCGGUUGACAGAUCAAUGCGGGAUCUUCUGGCGGAAGAUGACCCCAAAGCAAUGCAUAAACUCUUUGGAGGGAAGACGAUAUUACUAGGUGGCGAUUUCCGACAAAUAUUACCCGUUAUACCAGGAGUCAGUCAUCAAGACACAGUCUUAGCAACAAUAAACAGAUCAUAUCUGUGGGAUUCAUGUAAGUUCUAUACCCUGACCAAGAAUAUGCGUCUGAAAGUGGAAGAGAUCAAAUUUGCUCAGUGGAUUCUUCAAGUUGGGGAUGGAAGAGCGCGAAAAAGAAACAGACAGAGUGAGAGCUACGACGAGGUUGACGACAUCAAAGUAAAUAAAACCCUACUCCUACAAAACGGCCACAAACAGAUUGCACAAUUAGCGGAUGAUGUAUACUCGGAUUUUGAGACCUCAUAUCUAGACCGAGAGUACAUUACACGGAGGGCCAUUCUAACACCAAAGAAUGACACUGCUCACGAACUGAAUAUGUUUCUCCAAAACAAAAUCCCAGGCGACACAAAGGAAUAUUUGAGUUCAGACAGUAUUGAGAUGGAUGGGGAUUCUAACGAGUCAGAUGAACUGCUAUACCCUGCAGAAUUUUUAAAUUCACUCAAAAUCUCAGGAUUGCCAUAUCAUUGUUUGAAACUAAAAGUCGGGUAUCCAAUUAUGCUUAUACGAAAUUUGAAUCAAAAAGAAGGACUUUGCAAUGGAACCAAGUUAAUAGUGACACGAUUGGGGACCAGAGUCAUUGAAGCAGAGAUUUUAACUGGUACAGCAGUUGGAAACAAGGUGGUCAUCCCAAGGAUAAUACUAUCUCCACCUGAUCAGAAGUGGCCAUUCAAAUUGAAAAGACGACAAUUCCCUCUACGUUUGAGCUACGCAAUGACUAUUAAUAAAACUCAGGGUCAAAGUAUGGAAAAAGUUGGCUUAUAUUUGAUAAAACCAGUUUUCAGUCAUGAACAGUUGUAUGUGGCGCUAUCACGAGUAACAUCAGAAGGAGGGUUGAAGGUCCUUAACAUGGAGGAGGAGGCAACAAAUACACUUAAAAACAUUGUAUACAAAGAAGUAUUCAACAACACCAGCACAUAUAGGUGA